AUGAGGCACUGCCCCGAGUCAGGCCAGAAGAGGCUCGGGGUCCGAAUCUACACUUACAAGCUGCCGGUGUGCUCCUUUGAGCACUUCGAAGCGAAAGAGAUCGACGGAACCCCAAAUUGGGGACAUCAACAGUUUCAUGCUGGGCGCCCGCCAUUGCUGCCGAUUCACCGCAAGCUCGCGUACGGGCGUUUGGCAACAGAUGAUCCACACAACGCAACUCAUUUCUACAUCCCAGCGCCGUUCUUCUUUUGGGAUGAUUCCUGGCAAGGAACAAAGGAGGUGUGCCAGGAGACCAAUGCUCGCCGGCUUCUCCAUAAUAGAUUCCUUGAGCGUGAGAUUUCGAUCAUGGCUCCAGCUUCCUCAAAGAAAGGAUGGCUAUUUAGUCUCUGGCUGCGGACGCAGGUGCACGAGCCACCUGACGAGUUUUCGCUGUUGCUGCAAAUCCACAACGCGCACCAGAAGAGGUCUUUGAGAGUUGGUGUACAGGGAGGCUGCCUUUUGAUGAGCCUGGGCAAUCUUCAGUUUUCACCUGGCUGCCAGACGUCACUUGCAAAUGGCGAGUGGCAUCAUGUCGCCGGCUUUAUGUGGAGCAAUUUGUCCGCUGGUUUGUUUCUGGACUUCUCUCACCAGGGCGAUUUCGACUUUAGCGACUGUUGCAAUGACGAGAAGGAAGACGUCGUGCAGGCACUGAAAGAGGGCUGGCACAUUGGCGGCGCAGAUGCCUGGAGUGAUGUGGACUUGGAUUGUAGCAUCGAGAAGUUCUUCCAGAGCUGCGCGAGCGCAUCACCGCAAGAGAGCUCCAACAGUCCAUGCCUGCAGCGUGUGCGGUCCUUUGUGGAGUCGCAGCCCUGGCUGAAGCGCCGCCGGGGAUGGGACCACAUCGUGCUGUUCGCCGGGGUGGACUACCCUGCACGCUUUGACCCGAAUCACCCUUUGGGCGAUGAUGACUUUGUCCUGGAGAAAGCGUGGCCAGAGUUUAAGAGCUUUGUCUUGCUGCACCACGGGGCGCGCACGGAGCGCUGCCUGGCACACUUGACGGACCCUUCGUACCUGAAGAAUGACGGGACUUACGAGGAAUGUGCUCGAAGAGUCUUCCAGACAGUCACGAUCCCACCCCUUUUUGAAGAUGAGGAAAUUUCGAUUGCGCUCAGAUGGCCAUCGCUGCGAAGGCCAAACGCCCUCAUCGGGUUGCCUUUCGCGGGCUUCAAUAUGAUGCAAUGGUCGAAAGGCGCGAGGUUUGCAGUGCUUUGUCGGAGGCACACCUUCACCAGCUGCAAGCAACGGGUGACUUCCGACUUGAGUUCACCAAUUGGACCCACGAGCUGGUCAGGAAUGGCGUAUGCCGUGAAGCAUUUGCUUUUGACCGGCUGUGUGCAUGGUCAUCGGUGGGGACGAGUUUGA